AUGUCACGAAGAGAGAUGCGAGGGGAUGCCGCUGUCGAAGGCGAUGUCGAUGCUGACGAGCCACAAUUCAUUCGACACCUCGACUCUUGCUGCAAUUAUCGAAAUCACAUGCGAGAACAGGCCGCGCCAGAUGGACAUGAUGUAUACGCAUCGAAGCGUGGUUACUGGCGAUAUUCAACGCCGUUCCUCGUGGAGAUCGGGAAAAGAUGCACACGCAGCAAACAGCAGAAGCAGUAUCGCUAUCUGAAAGAUAUCACAUCGCAGGGCUCGUCAGUCUUCGCCCGCGCAGUCUACGAGCGGCGUCGCGAGCAAGAGUACUGUUGGGAGGGCACUGCCGAUGGCGAUCGAAACAUUCUUGUUCUACGGGGAGAGCGAUUCGUGCCUCCGAUGUCGAGACGACGAAUAGCGGAGUGGGUUGCCCUCAAGACACGAAUUCUGUCUCUUGCUUUCACCGAAAGGAUGGAUUUCUUCCAGUUGCAAGUCACAUUGCAAGUGGAAUACGACUUUGAUUUGACCUGGGCCGAGUUUCGCUCGAUGCUGAACAUAUGUUCAUUGACUCCUCUGUGGGGAGGCACGGAGACGGAAGAGAAGGACCUAGUGUCCGAAGCCGAUUUUCAUAAGCUGGAAGAGGAUGUCGGCGGAUUAAGAACUUACGACCAGCAUAUCAUGCAGGAAAUCGAAGCCAGGAUCGACAAUGAUGCGGCCAAGAUUAUAGAAAAGUUGGUCCACCAAGGUGUCGUCCUUCCUUUGCGUACGGAAGUCCACACUGCGCCGAAAACAAGCUAUAACCUGCCACGGGACUAUUCACUGUGGCAGCCUUUGACAGCCGCGAUCAUUGACGACCCUUUACUGUCUGACUCGUCCUUGGAGGACUCUGACCAAGACGACCCGCACGAAUUGCAAGACUGGCACAUGCACCACUCCAAAGCACGACCAUCGUCAGAGUCGCUUGAAUCAGUAGUGGGCGACGAUAAAGGCACUGCGGAGGCCCUAGGCACCAAUGAACACGACAAUCACUCAGACGAUGGCAGCCAACACGGUUCCAUUGACAGCAUGGCUUCGGAUAUGGGCGCGACCAGUUUCCGAAGCUUUGAGACGUAA